UGGUGGUGGAAGACAAGGUGGUAGGAAAGAGAUCCCAAUUUCAUUUUCAACCAAACACUAAAAUUAGUCCCAACCCACUCUUUCUCUUUCCUUCAAUUCCAUUCUCCAUUCCACAUGCUUUCAAACCCUUCAACAUCUGCCAUGCUCACCUUUUCAUCUUCUAGGGUUCGUCCCUUUCUCCCUUCACCCCUCUUUUCCCUUUUCAUUCCCUUUCUCAAUUAAAUUUUCGAUUUUUAUAUCAGUUUCUCAAGGAACAACGCAAUUUGGAUGCAAUCAUUCAAUUUUUUCUUCCUUAAUUUAUAUUCAAUUGUUAAAAAACCUCUCUUUUUUGGUUUCCCCUUGUUUGCAUCUUGAAGAAUUAUUAUGAAGGUGAGAGCUGGGUUUAGUGUGUGGCCUAAUGUGAGGCAACUGGGCUUUAGAAAAGGUAUUCUGUAUGGAUUUAUGAGAAUGUUUUCUACUCCAUAUAAAACACUGCGUGGAGGAGCUAGUCGCUCGCUCAAAGUGGCUCGGUUUUGUAGUGUCGCGAAUGUGUCUUCCACAUUGCAGAUUGAAUUGGUACCUUGCUUGAGUGACAAUUAUGCGUACCUCUUACAUGAUAUUGAUACGGGCACGGUUGGAGUUGUUGACCCUUCUGAAGCUUUGCCUGUCAUAGAUGCGUUAAGCAAGUCAAAACGAAAUUUGAAUUACAUACUCAACACUCACCAUCAUCAUGAUCACACCGGUGGAAAUGUAGAAUUAAAAGCAAGAUAUGGGGCAAAGGUGAUUGGUUCAAGAGCUGACAAGGAAAGGAUUCCUGGCAUUGAUAUCCUUUUGAAAGACGGUGAUAAGUGGAUGUUUGCUGGCCAUGAGGUGCAAGUUAUGGACACACCUGGUCACACUCGAGGUCACAUAAGCUUCUACUUUCCGGGGUCUGGGGCAAUCUUUACUGGAGACACUUUGUUCAGUUUAUCAUGUGGCAAACUCUUUGAAGGAAGCCCUGAACAGAUGCAAUCUUCUCUUAAAAAGAUCACGUCUUUACCAGACACUACAAGUAUAUACUGUGGACACGAGUACACAUUGAGUAAUGCAAAGUUUGCGUUAUCGGUUGAACCUGAAAACAAGAAUCUUCAAUCCUAUGCUGCUCAUGUUACUUACCUCCGAAGUAAAGGCUUGCCCACGAUUCCGACCAUGCUGAAGUUGGAAAAAGCUUGCAAUCCAUUCCUUCGAACAUCCAGCGUACAAAUCCGGAAAUCAUUAAACAUUGCAGUCACUGCAGAUGAUGCAGAAGCCCUAGGUAUCAUCCGGAAAGCAAAGGAUGAUUUCUAGAUAUUUUCAAUUCAAGACCUUAUUCUGUAUAGAGUAGAUUACUGAAAUCCCUUUGUGGAAUAAUGUAUGCUCCAUUCCAUCUUUUCAAUAUGAUUUCUGAAUUUUGUUUCUCAGUAAA